AUGUCAGAGGAAGCAAAUAAAUCUCCCUCAAUGCCAGGUGAUUACUCUUUUGGAACCAAAGAAGAAGUGGAAACCCAGCAAAAAUUCGAAGAAAGUGAUACAGAUGGUUUGCAGCAAAGAAGGGAAAUAUUGAGCCAAUUGUUACACAUUAAAGACAUACAUGAGGGAGAUACAUUGUUUCUUGUAUCGCGAGAUUAUGUUGAUGAUAUACUAAAUUUGCCAGCGGACACAUUUGAGGAAUUGAAGAAUAAAGUAGGACCAAUUAAUUGCAAGGCACUAGUAGAUGAAGCCGGAUUCUUGUAUCCAGAAGAUGAAAAGCUGAACACAGUUGCUACACGUAGCAUUAAACCAGACGUAUUUCAGAAAUUGAUGGAAUGGUUUGGUAUCCACGGGGAACCUAUUGCGAGAGCUGCCAUGUUAAAUCCUACCACAGAUACUAUCGAGGUUGAAAAAUUUCCACCAUAUUUUCAUAUUCAUACUUUACUGAAAGGUAAUACUAAUAGAACCUAUAACGGUCAAGUGCAUAAUGGUGUUUAUUUAUCACGUACUAGAACUUUCAAUGACUUAUUUGAUGCGAUUAGAGUUACCAUGUUCAAAAAUUCAGCCAACCAAAAGCAAAUACCGUUCCGUAUUUGGUUUAUACCGGCAGAUAAUUCAGACAAUCUUCCGAGUUCAAUUUCCUUAUUUGCAUUUAUUAAUGAUGUUCGUAAGAAACACUUACUCCGUCAAGAUUUUUAUAAUUAUUCAUUGAAAAGUCAAGGAAUUGUAUUGCCGAGCUACCAUAUUUUAGUAGAAUCAUUUGACAAGUCUAUCAAAAGCUAUCCUGUGGAUAAUUAUUUUAACUCUGUUGAUUUAUCUUCAUUUGAAAUUGAAAAGAUGAUUGAAACAGGUGGAAACCUUGGUUUAGCAAAUCUUGGAAACACUUGUUACAUGAACUCUGCACUACAAUGUUUACUUCAUGUUCCUGAAAUUAACUAUUAUUUUUUCUAUAAUAUUUUUGAGAAAGAGCUCAAUAAAUCCAAUCCACUUGGAAAUAAGGGCCAGAUUGCGAUUGCAUUCGGUUCUUUGUUACAUAAGUUAUUUGACAACUUGAAAAAUACGAACAGUUCUUUUGUAUCUCCUAGAGAGUUUAAGUUCACUAUUGGUCACUACUCAUCAAUGUUUCAUGGCUAUCAACAACAAGACUCUCAGGAGUUUCUAAGCUGGUUAUUAGACGCUCUUCAUGAAGAUUUGAAUCGAAUUUACAAUAAACCUUAUUGCGAAAAACCAGAAUUAAAAGACGAUGAAGUAAAUGAUCCAAAUGCGAUCGCUAGGUUAGCAGAUACUUGCUGGCACCAACAUAAGCAACGUAAUGAUUCAGUAAUAGUUGAUUUAUUUACCGGUUUAUAUCAGUCUACUUUAAUCUGUCCAGCUUGUUCCAAAACUUCGAUAACUUUCGAUCCAUUUAAUGAUUUAACAUUGCCAUUGCCAAUCAAUAAGAAAUGGUAUCAUACAUUUACAAUCAUAGAUCUUUCUACCGAUUUAUUGAAUCUUGAGUCACGUAUAAUGAAAUUAGAGGUUGAACUAGACAAAACCUCAAAUUUUGAUGAAUUGUUAAAAUAUCUUAGUACAUUCCUAAAAAUUCCUCAAAAGUAUAUUUUCUUGUUUGAAAUUUUCAAUAAUUUCUUUUACAAAGAUUUCCAGGCAAAGUAUAAUAAAUUGAAGUUCUUUCCUACAAGCGAAAUAAUUUCAGAUAGUGAUGAUAUCCUUGUCUAUAUUAUUCCGCAUAAUCCUGAGACGGAUAUUAUUAUUCCUGUAAUUAAUACAGUGACUGACCAAGAUAAAUCUUAUAAUAUAUCGAAUCCUUUUGGAUUGCCGUUAUUUGUUGUAUUAGAUAAAGUCAAUGAUGUCAGAAGCUUUGGUAAGAUUAGACAGAAACUUGAAAGCACAGUUAAAGUAUUAUCCAAAAUUGAUAUUGAUGCUCAUUAUAAUGAAAUAAAAAAAUCCAAUAAACAGUAUCAUUCAACAAAAGACUUUCCCUUGUUGGCGAGAAGCCUGCAAGAAGAUACUGAUAUGCUUGAAGAUGAUAGUACCAGGAAUAUUACUUCAGACGAGGAAUACGAUUCAGAUAUUUCAUUAGCUAAUCCUAACGUGGGUGGUGAUUAUGGGUUUAAUAUAAGGCAUUAUCGUGAAACAAAACCUCUUACUCGUUCAUUCAACAAAUUCAAUUACAAUUCUGAUGACCAAGAUGUUCCUUCAGAUGGUGUACUCAAUAUUCCGAAUUUGAGACCAAAUUUCAACAAUUUGCCGAAGUUGUCGGACGAGCUUCCGCAAUUGAAGCAGAACUACUAUUAUUACCCUCGAUAUGUUGAAAACUCAGCUAAUGAAAAUGAACAGGAUGUCAUAUCUGAUGAUAAAGAAAAGGUUCAUGAGGAUUAUGUUGUAGUAGAGAAUAAUUCUGAUGAUGAAAUUGAAAGCAAUCCUGCCAAGGAUACUCCUCAGGAACUGCUGGAUGAAGGACUCGAUACAGAGAACGAGAAUAAUGGGCCAGAAAAUAUUGGGCUGUUAUUUGAUUCUGUUAGCGAUUUGCCGUCGCAGAAAAAUGAUCCUAAACUCAACUCUGAAUUGAAGACUGAUAACCACCCAGUUUUAGUUUUCAAUAAUACGACUUUGGUAUGCGAAUGGGAUUUUGAUAUCUUUUCAAAGCUUUUCGAAAAUCCAGCAGAUCAGAAGUGGAUAAAUUUGUCCUACAUUCCAAAUGCUCAAUUAGAAGCCAAUAAAAGAAAACUAGAGCAACAACAAAAAUCUACGGUCUCACUAUAUGAUUGUUUGAAGAGUUUUAGUACUCCAGAAAUUCUAGGUGACCAAGAUUUAUGGUAUUGUCCUAACUGUAAAGAUCAUAAACAAGCAACGAAGACUAUUCAAAUUUGGUCAACUGGUGAUUUGUUGACGAUACAUUUGAAAAGAUUUCAAAGUGCGAGAUCUUUUAGUGAUAAGAUUAAUAUGGUUGUCGAUUUCCCUAUUGAAGGAUUAGAUAUGUCAUCAUUUGUAUCUAAGGAAGAAGAUGAUUCUGGUUUAAUUUAUGAUUUGAUUGCUGUGGAUAACCAUUAUGGUGGACUUGGAGGAGGCCAUUAUACGGCUUCAGUCAAAAAUUUUAGAGAUAACAAGUGGUACUAUUUUAAUGAUGGAAGAGUAAGUGAAAUGAGCGACCCUACAGAAUGUAUUACUGGAGCUGCUUAUUUGUUGUUUUACAGGAAGAGAAAACCAACUUCUGAAUUCUUAGGUGGUGAUGAAUUACAAUCCGUGAUUCAGGAAGGAAGAAAUAAUUUUAGCCAAAACUUGAAAGAUUUGAUGAAUAAUUUGACCAAAACAAAGGAACAAGUUGACGACUUCAAUCAACACGAUAUUGCUUUUAAUUCACAUGAAGAAUUAAAGUUGGAGCAGGCAGAUGAACAACAACAAGAAGUAGAAAAUUCCUCAAAGAUUUCAGACAUUUCACAACCGAAUGAACAGUUUCUGUCAGCUAAGAAAUCCAGAUUACCAAUGAAUGAAGAGGCAACUAGUGGAGAGUUUCAUGGUGGUGAUAAUUUUAAUCGUAGAAAGCAAAGGUUGAUAUCUAAAAAUAAGAAUUAUAACAAGUCAAUCAGUAUUAAACCGGAUAAUGCAAUGGAUUACUCAUCAUCAAAUAUUGCAUCGCCAUUAAGUUCGGGUUCAGAAGAUAACAUAGUUAGUGAUAACAUAAGUUUGCCAAAUUCUGAUGCAAAUGUGGAUGAUAAAUAG